AUGGUCACCGCUGUAUUGAAUAUCUUAGACAAAGACCAGCAACCCAUUAAUUGUCGAGCCUUACUAGAUACCUGUUCCACAACAAAUUUUAUGACUCAGAGUAUGGCAAGACUUUUAAAAUUGAAAACAAGCACAUGUCGUGUACCUGUCGGAGCACUGAAUACCAUGACCACCUACUGUAAUGAAAUAACCACAGCGACAGUUACAUCCCGAGUAAAUAAAUACAAGAAAACACUUACCUUUCUGAUUAUACCGAUGAUUUCUCAGAUAGUACCGGAUCAACCUAUUCAUCAAGAAACAUUGAAAAUUCCAUCUAACAUUAAAUUAGCCGAUCCUUGGUUUUACAAGCCCGCACCAGUUGACCUGCUAAUAGGUGCAGGUACUACUCUCUCACUGUUAUGUAUAGGUCAAAUCAAAAUCUCUUUACCUGCACAGCAAGAAUUAUUCCUUCAGAAAACAUUGCUUGGUUGGAUUAUAGGUGGAGCAGCGCCUUCAAGUAAAUACGUCACAUCAGCAGCAUGCCAUAUUACAAGUAUCAAUGACUUUGACCUAAAUAAAUUUUGGGAAAUUGAAGAAUGUCCGAGCACUAAAAGAUUUACUCCAGAGGAAGAGGAGUGUGAGCAGCAUUUCCAAAAACAUAUUGCAAGAGAUCCAACUGGUCGCUACGUCGUAGCACUGCCAUUCAAUCCACGUAGUCCAGCAUUAGGAGACUCUUACCACUUAGCCCUCAAGAGAUUGACAAACACCGAACAAAAAUUAAAAAGAAAUCCAACUUUGAAGAUUCAAUAUCAUCAAGUUUUACAAGAAUAUUUAGAUUUAAUUCAUAUGUCUCUAAUUCACGAUCAACCGACAGCCACCACCAGUUAUUAUCUCCCACAUCAUGCCGUAAUAAAGGAAACAAGUAUGACCACCAAGGUUAGAGUUGUAUUCGAUGGUUCUGCAAAUACAACCACAGGUACAUCAUUAAACGAUAAAUUGUUUACUGGACCUACUAUUCAAUCGGAUCUUUUUUCACUUUUAAUUCGUUUUCGAAAGCAUCCAAUCGUUUUAACAGGUGACAUUGAAAAGAUGUACCGACAAUUUCUAGUGCGGAAAGAAGACAGAAAAUUUCAACGGAUAUUAUGGAAUCAUGGUAAUAAAACACAAUCCUAUGAAUUGAAUACAAUAACCUUUGGACUGAGACCCGCACCAUACCUGGCUAUCCGUUGUUUACAUCAACUGGCUCAAGAUGAAGGUCAUUCGUUUCCUAUAGCAGCCAAAAUUCUAACGGAGGACUUUUAUGUAGAUGAUCUACUCACUGGAGCCCAAACCAAAUUAGAAGCGAUUCAAAUGCAACAAGAAGUCUCCCAUAUACUUGCCAAAGCGGGUUUAAUUAUUCGUCAAUGGGCAUCAAAUGACAGUGAGGUAUUAAAAGAUAUUUCUAAAGAAAAUAUCAACCCUCAUUUACAGUUGGGUGACACAACAUUAAAAACUUUGGGCGUCUGCUGGGAGUCAAAGACCGAUAACAUAAUGUACACAGUUAAUGCUAUUACCAUUACAAACCAGACUAAGAUCACAAAGAGAACUAUUCUUUCAGAAGUCGCAAAAAUUUUUGAUCCUCUAGGACUAUUAGCACCUGUUGUUAUCAUAGCAAAAAUUCUUGUACAGAGAUUAUGGUCCGAGAAACUCGAUUGGGAUGAAUCUUUACCACUGGAACUUCACACGGAAUGGAAAACCUACUGCGGCCAACUGCCGGUAUUGAACCAGAUAUCUUUUCCCCGAACAAUUAUGUCAUCAACAAUAAAAAAUAUACAGCUACAUGGAUUUUCAGAUGCAAGUGAAAAGGCAUAUGGUGCUUGCGUUUAUUUGCGUGUACUUGAUCAUCAAGGGAAGACUCGAGUACAAUUAUUGUGUGCCAAAUCAAGGGUCGCUCCAUUAAAAACAAUUACCAUACCAAGAUUAGAAUUGUGCGGUGCACAACUUCUGGCAACAUUAAUUACAGCUAUAGUUUCAGCCAUUAAGAUUACAUUUGAUGGAAUAUAUUGUUGGACCGAUUCAACUAUAGUUUUACAUUGGCUCAAUACAUCACCUCAUCACUUAAAAACGUUUGUUUCCAAUCGGGUGGCAGACAUUCAAAACAAACCGAUUAUUGACAACUGGCACCAUGUACCCACAAAAGAAAAUCCGGCAGAUCUUGUGUCACGAGGGGUUUCACCUACUGACUUUCUUUCAAUGAGCAUUUGGAGAAUGGGACCUCUAUGGUUGAGCGAGCCCCAGAAUAAGUGGCCAGUCACUAAUUUACAGUUCAGUAAAGAAAUACCUGAGCAACGGCGCGUCACUUGUCUGUUUACCAACCAAAAGAAAUUUACAACAUUCGAUAAGUUUUCGAAUCUUGACCGGUUGAUGCGUUCGUUGGCUUAUUGCUUCAGAUUUGUACGAGGGCGUCAAACAAAAGGCCCCUUAACAGUAAAAGAAUUACAGGAAGUAGAGAUUCGAGUAAUUAAAACAGUUCAACGUCAAGUUUUUGCCGAAGACCUUAAAAUUCUGAAUAAAUUGGAAUGGUCGAAACAUAAAAAUGCUCAACUUUCAAAAUUAACCCCAAGAUUGGAUGAUAAUGGGAUAAUGAGAGUCGGUGGUCGUCUAUCCCUCUCUAAUUUACCCUUCGAUGCAAAACAUCCUAUUAUCUUACCAAAAAAUCACCAUGUCACAAAUCUGUUUAUUCAUCAUACACAUAGGAUACAUUUACACUGCGGAGUGCAACAAACAUUGUACAUUUUGCGGCGCAAAUACUGGAUUAUUGAAGGUCGAAGCCAGGUAUACAAAAUUAUCAACAAAUGUGUACAGUGUUGUAAAGCUAGACCCCCGACAACUAAUUAUCUAAUGGGUAAUCUACCUAGGCCUCGAGUCAAUCCUUCACGUCCAUUUAGUCAAGUCGGCGUAGAUUACUGUGGACCAUUUCUCCUUAAGGAAAAGAAAUUCCGCAAUCGGGCACAAAUCAAAUCGUAUGUUGCUGUCUUUGUGUGUCUUGCAGUGAAAGCAGUCCACCUUGAAUUAAUUACUGAUUUGACAUCUGAAGGCUUCUUAUCAGCAUUAAGACGAUUUAUCUCACGACGUGGUUUGUGCCAAGAUAUAUAUAGUGACAAUGGGACUAACUUUGUCGGUGCAAACAAUAUUUUACGAGAAUUGACCGAUGAACUUUCUACGGCUGAGGCUCAAGAGAAAAUUCAAGGGUAUCUUACUACCAAAGGCAUUCAGUGGCAUUUCAUUCCCCCACAGGCCCCUCACGUUGGAGGUCUAUGGGAAGCUGCAGUGAAAAGUUUUAAAAGGCUUCUACAACAUGUGGCUGGACAUGAGAUGCUGUUUACAUAUGAACAAUUUAACACAUUGGUAAUUGAAAUCGAAGCCAUCUUAAAUUCAAGACCACUAACUCCUAUUUCCUCAGAUUCCAAUGAUCCCUUAGUCCUGACCCCCGGCCAUUUUUUAAUUGGUGAUUCACUGACCAACCUUCGAGGUCACGAUUUUACAAAGAUUCAAACUAACCGCUUAUCAGCCUGGGAACAUAUUCAGAAGGUAAAACAAGAUUUCUGGAAGCGGUGGAGCUUAGAAUAUCUUAAUGAACUCAUUUGUAGAACUAAGUGGGACACACCUGAGCCUAAUAUUGUUCAGGGAGCAGUCGUUCUUCUUCGAGAUGACAACUCUCCGCCAGCACAAUGGGUGAUGGGGAGAGUCAUCGAAUGUCAUCCAGGUGAUGAUGGCAUCAUUCGUACGGUGACAGUGAAAACCGCAAGAAAUACCUUUGUGCGAAAUAUUAAAAAACUUGCAAUUUUACCUGUGUGUGAAGAUUCUAACCAAAACUAA